CUGUGCUACGACUCGAGCAGCUCACCAAAAAGCAGCCCGUUUCAUGCUAACGCUCUGUGGGUUCCCCACCAAACCGUCAAGCCGACGGCUGGGAAAAUCGAUCCCCACCGGUCUCCACAAGUGAAGAAGCGUCCUCAGACUGAGAGAAUGGAGUCCCACUGUCGCAAACUGGCCACCACCUGCGCGCAAAUAGCUCCGGUUGGUUGGGCACGCCGUCACAUCCACAUGGACGUGCCUGUCAGGGAGAAUAUGGGCGGGCGCAGAGCGGUGACGUGGAGGGGUCUGGAGAGAGACGGAGUUGGAGAGACGGGCGCGCGGGCAACAGCUGAAAUGAGCAGCGAGCGGCGUAGUGCGUGCACGCCUCUGGAUCUAAUACCACCUAUACCUGUCCUUGUCACUCCGACAGUCAGUCAAGAUCACCACCACCUGACAGGGAAUAAACUCGCCAACUCACACCACACGGCUCUGGCGAUGGCGUCCAGCUUACAGCCGCUGCAGCGGUCUGUGGACUCUAAGCACCGGUUAGAGGUGCACACUGUGUCGGACACGUCCAGUCCGGAGUCAGUCGAAAAAGAAAAAAUACAAAAUAAAACUGACGACUCCUCCGAUGACCCUUCCAAAAAGAAGAGGCAGCGGCGUCAGAGGACUCACUUCACCAGCCAGCAGCUCCAGGAACUGGAGGCCACUUUCCAGCGGAACCGCUAUCCGGACAUGAGCACGAGGGAGGAGAUAGCCGUGUGGACCAAUCUCACAGAGGCCAGAGUCAGGGUUUGGUUCAAGAACAGGAGAGCCAAGUGGAGGAAAAGGGAAAGAAACCAGCAAGCCGAGCUCUGCAAGAACGGCUUCGGUCCGCAGUUUAAUGGACUCAUGCAGCCCUACGACGACAUGUACCCCAGCUACACGUACAACAACUGGGCCGCCAAGGGCCUGACGUCCGCCUCCCUGUCCACCAAAAGCUUCCCCUUCUUCAACUCCAUGAACGUCAACCCUUUGUCCUCGCAGACGAUGUUCUCUCCGCCCAACUCCAUUUCCUCCAUGACUUCGAGCAUGGUGCCGUCGGCCGUCACCGGGGUGCCGGGCUCCAGCCUCAACAGCCUCAACAACUUGAACAACCUCAGUAACCCAUCUCUCAACUCCGGCGUGCCCACGCCGGCGUGUCCCUACGCGCCCCCGACCCCCCCUUACGUGUACCGGGACACUUGCAACUCCAGUCUGGCCAGCCUGAGACUGAAAGCCAAGCAGCACUCGAGUUUUGGAUACGCCAGUGUGCAGAACCCGGCCACCAACCUGAGCGCGUGCCAGUACGCCGUGGACAGGCCGGUCUAAUGCCUAUACCUGCACUGCAAAAAAUAACCAUCUUAGCAAGAUGUCCGAGGCAAGACGUGACGCUUUUUCUUUUUCUUUUUUUUUUUUUUUUUAGCUUUAACCGAAGCAACAGAACCCAUGCGUAAAAUCAUUGGAUCGUUUUUUUUCUAAUCAUUUUUCUUGGUUCUGCCAUUUUUUUCCCCAUGCAGUUAGUGUCGCAUUAUCUUGACUUGAUGCUAAAAAAAAAACUGCUUUUGGUGUCAUUAGAAUCACUACAAUUUAUUUUUUAAGGAUACUGUUAGAAUUUAAAAUCGCCUCGUGUUAGUACGUUGAUUUUCAUUCGUAUUUAUUUAGAGAAGAAGCCUGAUUUUUCAGGGUGAUUGUGAAACCAAAAUGGCUUGUUAUGGCGGUCAUUUUUUGCAGUGUGUGGGUAAUCACAAACAGCCGUCCACCGGAACAAGAGACUACUACAACUACUUUUGUCAUUUUUCAAAAAGGGCACUAGAAGACUGAACCACUGAAACAAGCUCAACUAACGGAGCCCAAACUGAAACGAGAGUUUUAAGGUUAACCUCCCCCCCCCCCCCCACUCUCCUUCCCUUCGAUGAGCCCAGGGCUGCCUCCAAACUGCGCCUCCGUAAACGGUUUGUUCCACUUUUCAUAUCUUCGUGAGGGUUUUUUUUUUUCUCUGGUGAACUCUGGACGUUAACUGUUGACUGAAAAAAGGUUGUACAUAUAUCUGAAUGAUCAUCUCCUGUGUUGUUGAGGCGAAUGCGCUAUAACCCUCCAGUCCUCUUCGACUUCAAUUUAUCAACGCAUGUGGAGAAACAAAAAAAAAAAACAGAAAAGAAAAAAGAAAACCCCUUAAAAGGAAUCAUCUUUCGCUUGCAAAACAAAAAGGGAAUGUACAUACUAAAACGCACCAGUCGUGUGUUUCUAACAUAUUAUAAAUUUAUUAUUAAUGUCUGUGUGAAUAUCGUUUUAGAAUAGCAGUUCUGGAUUUCAAAGAUUAAAAAAAAAAAAGAAGAAAGCAUCCAAAAAUGUUCCUGCGACAAAAUGAUUUGGUUUUUUGCUCUGUGUAUAAUAUUUGGUACGGAAUUAUGUUUUUUUUUUCCAACAUCCAAAAAACUAU